AUCUCGACCGUGACGGCGUUAUUUCGGUGCAGAGGUUCCUGCGAGUUCUGCAGCACAGAGACAUGGCAGGAGACAUUGACUCCCACCACCUCAAUCUGGUACAGGAGGUUCUACAGCAGGACGACAUGGGCAACAUCAGCUUCCAGCAGUUUGUUAACAUUAUGAGCAACAAGAGAAGGGACAGUUUCCGUUCCGCGGUCCUGUCCAGGGAGAGAAACUUCCACAACAACAACAACAACGACGUGUGUAGUUACCAGCUGGCCCCGCCCGACAACCAGCCCAAGACAUGUUUCCAGAAGUCCGUGCACAGAGUCGCGAAGGAGGUGCUCACAGAAAAGUCAGACCGGAAAAUUUACUCCGACUACUACAGCUGCUUUCCUCCACCACUGCUGAUGAUUAUACUCAGUUUAGUUCAGGUGAGUUUAUAUCCACUACUAUAUACAGCUUUGGGUUUCUAUGUGUACUAUGCUGCUAUGUGGGACCGGUCCACCCCUGCUGGUUGGUUGUCCGGCCCGGUGCCUGUCAAUAGCCCCUUCAUCUACAGUCCGGCAAAGAGAGAGCAGAUCUUCAGAUUCUUCACUUACAUCGUCCUACAUGCAGGUGUAGAGCACCUGGUAUUUAACCUGGCAGUACAGCUGCUGUUAGGAGUCCCGCUGGAGAUGAUCCACGGCACCUUCAGGGUCGGAGCAGUGUACCUGGCCGGCGCUCUGGCUGGUUCCAUGAGCACAUCAGUGAUAGACAGGACUGUGUACCUGGUAGGAGGCUCUGGAGGGGUUUAUGCACUGCUGGCAGGUCACCUCGCCAAUGUGCUCACGAACUACACAGAGAUGCAAGAAACCUUUGGCAUAGCCAAGAUUGGACUUAUACUGAUCAUCACUAGUGCAGACGUGGGAUUUUCCAUCUGGAGGAGGUACAACGACCACCCGAAGGACACGAGAGUCAGCUUCCUGGCUCACUUGUUUGGUCUGCUCGCAGGUUUGACUGUUGGGUUGCUCAUUCUCAGAAACUUCGAGCAGAAACUUCACGAAAGAGUGAUGUGGUGGGUGUCUUUGGUGGUGUAUGCAGCCUGCAUUAUUUUUACAGUGUUUUGGAAUAUCUUUUACUACUGA